ACAGACCUUGCUCGGUAAGAACAAAUUUGCCCACUCCAUUCCGAACCAUGGCCAAGAUUGCGGAGGGUCAAACGCUGCCUCUCGAGAAAAUUACCUUCAAAGUUCUGAAGGAUGGCAAGGCCACUGAUCUCACGGGCACGGACCUCUUCAAGGGCAAGAAGGUAGUAUUGUUUGGCGUGCCGGGCGCCUUCACACCGACGUGUACGAACACCCAUGCCCCAGAGUACCUGGCGAUGUACGAGAGCUUCAAAGCGAAGGGCGUCGACGCGAUCUAUUGCAUCGCCAGCAACGACUGCUUCGUGACUUCCGCCUGGGCGAAGAGUUUGGAUGCGGGGGAUAAGGUGAGCAUCUUGGCCGACGGAGACUGCGGCUUCGCGAAGCUAGUGGGUCUGACCGUGGAGACGGGAGGCUUUGGCGGACUUCGCCUCAGCCGCUUUUCCGCCCUGGUCGAGGACGGGUCGGUCAAGAAGCUGCACCUGGAGGAAGGAGGGGGGUACACGGGCGUGAGUGGCGCGGAGCAGAUGUUGAAGGACUUGGAGUGAGGAAGAGUAAGCUGAAUGGGUGUCUUAAAAUACGAAAGCCUUUGAGAUAUUACAUGAACGGUAAAAGAAGCGACGAGAUGGCGGGUGCGUCCCGCUUCCCCAGAGCCCCGUUGCAGGUGUGAUGGAGGCAUGAUCUUAAUCACUUUUCGGAUCGUAACAAAGGGAAUACCGUAUUCGGCGUAGCUGUUAGGGGUACGGCUGUCAUCCCAGUCCGCUUUGUGAGAUGACCGUCUGCGCAGUUUUCAACCGCUGCUUGUCUCUUUCGCUCCGCAUCAAUAUCCAGGGUUCUAAAUACUAUACAUGGACCAAGAGUGAAACAACAUUCCUGAACAUA